AUGGCCAGGACCAAGCGCGCCAAGGUCAUUUCGCUCACGCGCACCAAGUCAAAGACGCGGGAGCACAAAGAAAACUUUGUGGACACCGUGCGUGAGGCCGUGCAGCAGUACAACUAUGUGUAUAUUUUUGCUGUGGGCAACAUGCGCAACGCCUACCUCGACGAGGUGCGCAAGCUCUGGGCGGGCUCCAAGAUUUUCUUCGGCAAGCUCCGUGUGAUUGCCAAGGCACUCGGUGAGACGCCGGAGGAGGAGAUCCGCCCGGGUCUCGGCAAGAUUACUUCGCACCUGCGCGGUAACGUCGGCGUACUGCUCACCGACUCGCCCCCGGCCGAAGUGCUGGACUGGUGCGGUGACUAUCGCCGCCUGGACUUUGCGCGCAUGGGCAGCAAGGCCACCGAGACCAUCGAACUCCCCGAGGGUCCGGUGCUCACGCGCACCGAGCCCCCAGAGACGUUGCCGCAUAACAUCGAGCCCCACCUCCGUACGCUUGGCAUGCCUACUGCCUUGAAACAGGGUGUGCCGACGCUCCUGCAGAACUUUCCGGUGUGCAAGGAGGGCGAGAAGCUCACUGCGGACAAGGCCCAGAUCCUCAAGCACCUCGUUGUUCGCAUGGCCCACUUCCGCCUCGUUCCGAUUGCGUACUGGUCGGCGGUCGGUGCGCCGGGCGACGAGCAGGAAGGCGCCGUUGUGACGCUUCCGCUCAGCGACGAAGACCGCGAAGUGGUGGAAGAGUCGCGCGCCUCGCUCGGCCAGAAGAAGAGCGCCAUCCGGCCAGCUGCCACGGCGGAUGACGACGAGGACGACGAGGAGAUGGACGACGAGCCGAACGAAAUCGACACGAUCGAGAACCGCGACAAUGCUAUGAUGCUGCCAGAAGACGUCCAGCUGUAG